AAAAAAAAAGAAAAGAUUAAAAGUUGAGAGUAGUUUUUAUAUUCAUAAAUAGCGGAAAUUAUAUAAAGUUAUAAAUUAAGAAAAAUCAAAACCUUUUUUUCGUAAUUUAAUAAUCUGAUAAUAAAAUAAUAAAAAUUUCCCUAUUGUCCGUCAACGAAAUAUCUCAUCUUAACCAUGGCAAGAACAAAAUUAGAAAUGAUUCUUUUGUUCACGAUAUUUUCAUUACUUUUCACUUUUCCUUUUCAAUUGACGAUGGCACAAGCUCCCGCUCCAGGAGCGGCUCCCGCCCCAGGAAAAGCUCCCGCUCCAGGAAAAGCUCCCGCUCCAGGAACAGUUCCCGCUCCAGGGGGAACUACUCCAGGAACCGCGGCUGCUCCUCCUCCCGUACAAGCUACUCUUUGUAUUCCGAACGUGUUUAUACCCACUACCGUUCCGUUGAAACAAUUGAAAACUACUUUGGGCACAGGAGGAAGUGUUACUGUUGCAGGAACUGUAACUAUUAUCGAUGGAUGUGCAUUUACAAUCAAUGGAUUUACUUACUCCACUGCGGCUACUAACUCAUAUUGGAUGGGCAGUAAUUCUACGGAUCCUAAUUCAGACAAGAUUUUGGUUAGCAAUACACCAGUAGGCCAAUUCAUAUCACAACCAGCACAAAGUUUUAAUUUAACUCCAACCAUAACAUUUGAUGAUUUUAAUGUACUAGAUCUUUAUUCAUUUGAUGAAAAAGCUGUAUUUGGUCAGGCUGUAUUAAGAGCUCCAAAGAGUACUGAAACAAAACCAAGUGCAUCAGCCCCUACUUCCAUCAUUCUAGGUGAUGCCACUAGAUUAUCAAUGAAUUCAAACAUUAUGACCAUUAUUACUUUUGUUUUGGUAGCUUUUUUUUUCUAUUAAUUGAAUAAUUUAGAUUUAUCGAAGAGAACAAUAUUUAAAAAAAAAAAAUCCUUUUUUUUAUACUAUACAAUGGUGGAAGACAGAAUAUGGGGGUGUUUUUUUUAAAAAAAAAGAAAAAAAGAAAAAAAAAA